GCAGAAGUGGUGGUGCCUGGGCGGUGGGCGCACUUCCGGUCUAUUGACUGACUGAUAGAUUGCUCUCAGGCUCCGGUGCCGGCGGAGGAGGGAAACAACAUAAUGGACAGCCAAGGCAGGAAGGUAGUGGUGUGCGACAACGGCACCGGGUUUGUAAAAUGUGGAUAUGCCGGCUCAAACUUUCCAGAGCACAUCUUCCCGGCUUUGGUUGGGCGACCUGUGAUCCGAUCUACUGCCAAAGUGGGAAACAUUGAGAUUAAGGAUCUGAUGGUCGGUGAUGAAGCCAGCGAGUUGCGUUCAAUGCUGGAAGUGAACUACCCCAUGGAGAAUGGUAUAGUGCGGAAUUGGGAUGAUAUGAAGCACCUUUGGGACUAUACCUUUGGACCAGAAAAACUGAACAUAGACACCAGAGACUGUAAAAUCCUGCUUACAGAGCCCCCCAUGAAUCCAACUAAAAACCGUGAAAAGAUUGUUGAGGUAAUGUUUGAGACCUACCAGUUCUCCGGUGUGUAUGUAGCAAUACAGGCCGUACUCACAUUAUACGCACAAGGUCUCUUGACUGGUGUUGUGGUUGAUUCUGGAGAUGGUGUCACACACAUCUGCCCUGUGUACGAAGGCUUCUCUCUGCCUCACCUCACCAGGAGACUAGAUAUCGCAGGCAGGGAUAUCACCCGCUACCUUAUAAAGUUGCUCUUACUACGAGGGUAUGCUUUCAACCACUCUGCUGAUUUUGAGACUGUUCGUAUGAUCAAGGAGAAGCUUUGCUAUGUGGGAUACAACAUUGAACAGGAGCAGAAACUUGCGCUAGAGACAACAGUCCUUGUGGAGUCUUACACACUUCCAGAUGGCAGGGUUAUUAAAGUUGGUGGAGAGCGUUUUGAGGCACCAGAAGCUCUGUUCCAGCCCCAUCUUAUCAAUGUAGAAGGCGUUGGCGUUGCUGAAUUGCUGUUCAACACCAUUCAGGCAGCUGACAUUGAUACUCGGCCAGAGUUCUAUAAGCACAUUGUGCUGUCAGGGGGCUCCACAAUGUAUCCAGGAUUGCCCUCCCGUUUAGAGCGAGAACUGAAACAGCUCUAUCUGGAGCGAGUCCUGAAAGGAGAUGUUGAAAAAUUAUCGAAAUUUAAGAUCCGCAUUGAAGAUCCUCCCCGCCGCAAGCACAUGGUGUUCUUGGGUGGAGCAGUAUUAGCUGACAUCAUGAAAGACAAAGACAACUUCUGGAUGACGCGCCAAGAGUACCAAGAGAAAGGCACGCGUGUUCUGGAGAAACUUGGUGUGACUGUACGAUAAACACAACUGCCAUUUCCCAUCGCUUCUCUAAAGCUUUCCUUGUUUCCUUUAUUGCCAAUCUCUGAACUCAUUCAGUUCCAUGACUUUCUUGGAAAGGCCUGUCUGUGUCCUUUUGACCUAAAGAUGGGAGUUUUUUUUGCCCUGUUUCCUGAGGAGAGCUUUGUUCCAUGUUUGUUAAUGUACCUCGGUUUGACUAUUUAAUAUGCCGUGUCUUUACAAACACAAAGCUCUAACCACAGAGCCUAACUGCUCCACAUUGUCCGUUCUCGUUAGACAUUUGGCCAAUCACAGUAGGCUUUUCCAUCUAGUGUACUGCUCUAAGGCUGCUAGCUUUAUCUUCUACUCACCGGGUGGUUUGCCUUUUGUUUCUAUAAGAGAAUCCUUUAAAAGCAGCUUUUAAUACCAUAUCCUUGGGAUGGACCCUUUUUUUUUUUCCUUUUUUUCCACAUUAGCCUUCUCGUACACAAAAAAAAAUCUAGAUUUUUUUUUUAAGCAGUUAUCGGUAAUUGUGAUUUAUUUUGUACAACAAUUUACAAAUCCCUCUGCUGCUUUCUGUCACUUUAGUUAUAAAAUCUAAAUUUUUGUUUUAAUUUUUUUUGUUUCCAUGUUUCAUUCUUAGAAGGUACACUUCUACACAGUCAUGUCUGUUGUUAGGGCGCAGCAUUAGUGUGAAGGAGGUCCUUUGCCCAUAUUGUGUGAUAAUCAUUGUUAGGCAUCACUUACAUAUAGUAACUCAGUGGCCCUCCAGCUGCUGUUGAACUUACCCAACUGCUAAAGGCUGCCAGGGUUUUGUGGGGAUGUAGUUCUUCAGCAGCCAGAGGUGCCCUGAUUUAAAUGGUUUUAUCCCCCCUUCUUUGCUGUGGGCCUCAUCCAGCCCUGCAAACAGCACCAUGUAACAUGGGAAUUGCUGGACUUUUUUUCUUUUUGCCUUUUAAUGAAGCACUUGAUCAGGUGACCCAUUCCACUGGGAACAAGCUCAUUGACAAGAAAUUAUCAGAACAGUUAAAAAGUUACAAAUGUGUUUGUGAUUAUUCCAACAAAAUCUAGAGAAUUCCUAUCUAUCUAUGAAUUUCUUUUGUUUUAUUGUUUUCCUUUGUGCGCUCGUUUCUAUAGAAGCGCAGUGAAUAAAUUUGCUGUUGCUGUAAGACAGUGCCAAGUGCGAUUCUUCCAAGAGGAAUGUUCCCAAGACAAAAUAAAUGACAUAUAAUGGUUAUCUAA